CUCCACGCCUGAAUAUGUCAUAUUUGAGUUUAAGAUAACAUGUAAACAGAAAAAUUGGUUGUUGUCAGAAUCAUGUUUAAAAACACUUUCCAAAGUGGUUUUUUGUCUAUUUUGUAUAGCAUAGGUAGCAAACCUCUUCAAAUAUGGGACAAAAAGGUAAAAAAUGGACAUAUCAAAAGAAUAACCGACGAAGAAAUCCAAUCGCUUGUCUUGGAAAUAGUCGGUUGUAACGUGAGCACAACGUAUAUAACUUGUCCUGCCUGUCCAAAAAAGACCUUAGGAAUCAAACUGCCAUAUCUGGUUAUGAUUGUUAAAAAUUUGAAGAAGUAUUUCACGUUCGAAGUGCAGAUUCUGGAUGAUAAGAAUGUGAGACGGAGGUUCAGAGCUAGUAACUAUCAGUCAACAACUAGGGUGAAACCUUUCAUAUGUACGAUGCCUAUGAGAUUAGACGAUGGGUGGAAUCAAAUUCAAUUCAAUGUAGCAGACUUCACAAGACGUGCUUAUGGUACAACAUAUGUAGAAACAUUACGAGUGCAGGUUCAUGCUAGCUGUAGAAUAAGGAGGGUUUACUUUUCUGAUAGGUUAUACAGUGAAGAUGAACUACCAGCUGAGUUCAAACUCUUCCUUCCAAUACAGAGCAAAACUAAGCAAGUAGCUGCGCAGCACUGAGGAAAUAAAUACACAUCGUCAGAUAUUUUUGUGAUAAUGAGUUUUUUUGUUUAAGAUGAUUCGAGAAUGUUUUGUAUUGUAUUAUGUGGAUUAAAAGUGAAGUGCUUUA